CUGGUGAAUGUGAUCAUUCAUACAUUCAUUCAUAUAUAUCCUCUGUUGGACAAAAAUUUGAAAAGAUUUGUCUCUCUUAUCUCAUCGCUUACAUAUGAUCUUACAUUGCUCUCUAACUUUUCUAACAUUUAUUUUCUUGUCGUUAAAUAUUUUCGAACCGGACGCAUUAUAUCUGGAUAUCAACUGUUGGUUUUGAAAUAAAUUGAUAUUUUCCAGGAAAUUUAAAUAUAUAUUUUUAAGAGAAUAUUCUGGAAGAAAAAAGGAAAAGGAAAAUAGUUGGAAUCGUAUAUCUUUUGAGAGUGUUCCAAGACGAGAGAUCCAAGAACCAAAAGUGAAUUGAAAAAUACAAAAUAAAGGAUAUCUCUUUUUGUGAUUCCGAAGAAUUAAACGACUUAUUAAAAUUAUGUAAAACAUCAGAUCCUGACACGAAAUAUCCACGUGACGUUUCAGCCAACGUGUUGUGUUGUGAAAGGAACACGACAGAUUACAUCAAGUUACACAAUAGUGAAGUUACAAGUGUUGAAUAUAUUUGUUAACGAUCUGUUAAUUCUAAAUUCCUUCUUUGUGGAACAUCUGAGAGAUAGCUCUUGGUUGAAUGUUUAUUUUCUCACAUGCUCUUGGGAGAAAUCAAAUCUGAUACAUAUUUAAUUUUUCGACGUCUGUAAGAUUAUUCAUCAUAAUAUUGCAUCGUAUUCUAUGAAUUAUUAUGACGCCUAGCCAAAGACGACAGCGGGGUCUGCAGUAUGGAAUAUUUUUGUUAUGUAUGCAGGCCCUAAAUUUUGGACUUGACAGAAUACCACCUGCUACUUUAAUUGGAGUAAUCUUACAGACUUUGUUAUAUACUGGAUUGAUACGAGUGCCAUGGAAUGCAGAGGAAGUAUGUAUAUCGGCUGUAAAAAUAAUUAAAUACAAGGAUUGGCGAUCAUUUUUCCUUUCAAAUUUUGAACAUGGAUCCGAUAUGCAUCUGUAUUACAACAUGUUUUCCUUCAUUCUAAAAGGAUCGUACUUAGAACCCAUAUAUGGAACAACAAACUUUGUAUUCUUACUUGUUAUACUAUCUACUGGAUGUAGCAUUAUGUAUGUAUCUUUGGGAUAUAUGCUGAUGCAGUUAACAGGAGAUUAUGGAUAUUUUACAACUUGCGCUAUUGGCUUUUCUGCAACAUUAUUUGCAUUAAAAGUAAUUGUGUUGUGCGAAGAACGUGACAGAUUACACAAUGUCAGUGGAUUUAUAGUACCAAGUAAAUUAGCUGUGUGGCUUGAAUUAAUAUUAAUUCAUAUGCUAGUUCCAAAUUCUUCCCUUGUGGGACAUUUGGGUGGUAUUUUAAUUGGAUGUUUAUAUUCUUACACAUUUAUUGGAGAAAUAAUUGAUAAUUUCAUACAUAUGAUAACUGGUAGACCCAUUAUACAUGAAGAACAAUUUUAUAGAAAACGAAAUACACUAUUUACUUGA